ACCACUGUUUCUCUACACGUUACUUUCCUUUCUCUUCAGGAAGCAUUCGCUUUGUUCAGCAACCCUCAGCUCUCUUUGUUAUGCAAAUGACUGCCGUGCCGUUGCCGAGUAACUCUGCUUUCCAGACCAGUGGAAAAAUGUGUGUAACUGCAAAUGUCAUCUGUCUAUAUCUCUCAGUGUGGGGUCACAAUCAAACCAUUUUCAGUUGGAGAUUUCAGAGGUUCAGAAGCUGAGAGGAGAAUUUUAAUGUUUGCUGCAAUGACAAGGGGUUCAAAUCACACACUGGUAACCACAAGGACAGGGAUUGAGAGGAGCUGCUGCGCAUUGUGUCGACAACAGAAAGCCAAAUCUGAAAAUAUUUGCUAUUUUUCACAUUCAAGACAGAAGGAGGAAUAUCAGACGAAGACUCCCUGCAUUAAGACACGUGUGAAGUUUUGUUUCAAGGACAAAGUGAAGAUGGAGCAAAGGGAGCCGACUGUGGAUCCUGCUGCUGAAGUUACGGAGGGGAGGUUUAGAGAGUUGGCCACCAAGUGGUUCAUAGAUUCUCAGCUGCCUCUUAUUGUCAACAACGGCCUUUUCCCCAGCUGGUUCCUGGGCUUCAUUAGCAGAAAAGAUGCUGAGGACAUGCUUAGAGAAAAGGAUCUUGGCUGUUUUCUGAUUCGUCUCAGUGAUAAAGCUAUUGGAUAUAUUCUGUCGUACAAAGGCAGAGAUCGGUGUCGCCACUUUGUGAUAAGCCAGAGCGAGACGGGACGGUUUAUAGUGUGCGGAGACACAGAGGAACACAACACUUUGUUCGACCUAAUAGAACACUAUAAAACAAAACCCGUUGAGCCCUUUGGAGAAUAUCUGACAUCUCCAUGCUACGGGGAUGUCAAUGAGGACCUCUAUGAUAUCAUCCAGGUCAGCCCCAAAGAAAAACCGGCUGCUCCUCUCAGAGCAGCAAAGAAAGUACAUAAGCAGCAGAUGAACUCAGCCACAGAGCAGCAACCAGUGCGGGCACCAAGGAUUAACAGGACUCAAGAGGAAGUACCACCUUUGCCACGGAGGACCAGGCACUUUGAGAGCACCCCAGUCAGUGACAAUGAUGGGGUUCUGUAUGCUCAACUUAGGAAGCAAACACCUAGAGCCCAUCACACCUCCAGGGACAAGUCCCCCGGCUCAAAUCAAGGCAAAGUCGAGAGGCUGAACACUAAAGAGCAAAACAACGGCAGAUGUAGUCCUUCAUCUGACCCUGAAUCUCUCUACUCUGAACUCAACGCGCUUGACAGCAAGAGCAUGUCCCUGCCUCUGCUGGACAGCAUCUCUGAUGGCGAGCAAUGUUACAGACUGAGCAUACCUCCUGACACGCCGCCACGACUUUCCCCGAGGCCAGUCCGGCAGGCCUCCCGCGGCAUCUCGCAGUCAAACAGCAGCCACAGCCUGGACGGCCUGAGCGACCACUCGGUCUAUCACCUGGCUGGCAGCCACAGCCCAACAGCAUCUGAAACUGCAUCAUCCACAGAGCAACUCGAUGACUCCCUGUACGCCGAGGUCUCCAUCGAAGCCCCUGUCAUUGAUAAUGACAACACUUAUGAAAUCCUCCCCAACCACAAGGAGCCCGUCAAGCCCAAAGCCAAAAGAAACACUCAAGAGCCUGGGGAGGAGACCAAACGCAAAUUUAACAAUGGAUCCUGGGGGAUAAAGAAUGACAAAUGGAAAUGGCUUUUCCCCGAGACCAAGAGGAAGUGACAAACCAACUAACGAAGAAGAGGCUUACCUAAUUUCACUUAUCUAACACUACUUUGCUACUUCUGUUGUAUAUUUCCUUUCAAUGUACAUAGUUAUUUAAAACCGAUCAAAAUUACCCAUGUACAUCUGAUUGAAUUUAUUAAAGCUGUUGAAAAUUUA